GUUUAUUUUGAAUUGAUUUUGGAAAAGUCGGAAAAACAAGCAACCGGCGUUGCCCAUAGCAGCAGCCGGCCCAGAGCAACAAGUCACCCCAUACCAUACCCCUAGGUCUCUACCAGAAAAAAAGUAAAAGAAAAAUCAAAUAAAAACCUGCAAUGUUGCUACAAAAGUUCUACAUGCGUGCCCUGCACACCACGCGAAUGGUGUAUGCCAGUGGAUCAGGCGCCGGCCUGGAGAAGAGUGCCCUGUCCGCCCUACGCAAGAAGACCGGCUACACAUUCGCCAACUGCAAGAAGGCCCUGGAGUUGCAUAACAACGAUGUCAGUGAGGCGGAGAAAUGGCUGCAUGCACAGGCACAGAGUCUCGGCUGGACCAAGGCAACGAAAAUGGCAGAUCGUGCCACUGCCCAGGGCCUCGUUGGGGUUCUUGUACGCGGCAAUCUGGGCGCUAUGGUGGAACUCAACUGUGAGACCGAUUUUGUGGCACGCAAUGAUGUCUUCAAGCGCUUCGUGGACCAUGUCGCACGGAUCUGCCUGCAAUACACGGAAGCUAUCGAAUUUGACGGAGAUCUCUGGAAGCUUGGUUACGAAUCAGAGGCUUUGAGGAAUCUUCCUACGGAUAAAGGCCGCAAUUUGGGCGAUCAUUUGGCCCUACUUAUUGGCGCCGUGGGGGAGAAUGCCACCAUCAAGCGAGCCAUCUGCUUUAAGGCCAAACAUGACAUUAAUUUGUGCGGCUAUGCACAUCCAGCACCCACCAAUGUGGGCACCACUGACGACACCACACAAGUGGGCAAAUACGGUACCAUUAUGGCAUUCCGUUCCGACAUUAAGUAUCCGGACUAUGAGUUCCAAAAAAGCAUUUGCCAGCAAAUUGUGGGCCUGAAGCCAAAGAAGAUUGGUGAAUACGACAAGGACAAGCCGGUCGAGAACAAGGACGACGAGACGUGCCUCAUUCAUCAGGAGUAUCUGUUGGACGCGGACAGAACUGUCGGAGAAAUUCUCAAGGAGCACGAGACCACUGUUGUCGACUAUCAUCGGUACGAGUGCGGCGAGGCGACCAAGGGCAAUCUCGACGAAAUUCUUCGCUCCCGAGAGCAGAGUAGCAAUUAAAUAGAUCUAAAACCAGACGACUGUAGCAUACAACAUUGUUAUACACCAAACAUAACAUUACACACACAAACCAUGAUUGUUAGACCGAAAUUCUGGACAAAAUUUGCAUGCUGAGUAAGAACAAUAACUACCACGAACCCAAAGUGUA